AUGGCGCCGCUCGCUGAAGCCUCCGCGCCACCCGCGCCCGCCCUGGAGCCGGCCACCGUCCUCAAGCAGAAGCUCGUCGAGGAGGAGCCGCAGGGCGAGGCCCCGUGCGACGAGGACAACAACGACGACUCCGCCGUGGCAGAGACCGCCAAGCCCCAGACCGACGACGUUGCAGCUGAGACCGAGGCCGCAGCGGCGGACGCCCAGCGGCCGACCACGAAGCGCGUGCGGUUCGACGUGGCCGACGUCGUCGAGUUCGAGCCCACCAUGUGGACCGCCACGGUAUCCUCUGAGGGCGUGCCGCUCGGCAUGUCUGCAGACGUGCGUCGCCGCACCAAGCGCCCGCUGGACACGUACGAGAGCGAGCGUCUGAUGCAGCGCGUAGACCGCCAGGAGUACAUGGAGCUGGGCUAUCUGGAGCCCGAGGAGAGACUAGACAUCCUCGAGAACGCUGGCCACUCCAUCUCUAUUAUCAGCCACGUCGAGCGCGAGACGCUCCGUAUCAACCGGGAACGGUGGGAGUCCAACGAGUACGACCUCAUGUACCAGUACGGACUGGGCGAGGUGCCGCUUAUGGAAGACGGCGACAUGGAGAUGAUGAUGCAGCAGGAGGACGGCGACGACAUUAUGCACGUAGACGACAGCGGCGACGAAGACUUCUUCUUCGGAGGCAGCAGCCGCAACAUGAUCGUGGACUCUGAGAUGCGCUUCGCAAUGGAGGACAUGGACGCGUACGACGCCAUCAACACACGCACAUACGACGACCUUAGCAUCGACUACGCGUCGGACUGCAUCCUGGGCGACGACGAAAGCUCAGACGAGAAUAACGAGCUGCCGUACGCCGUGGACUCGUUCGACUCGCCGCUGAGCUGCGACCUGCUAGAGAUGGGGACGUCACCUUCGGACGUGUCCGGGUCGUCAGACUGCAUGCUUGUCGCUGCAACAGCCGCUAGCUGUGCUGCAAGCUCCGCAACUAGUGCUAGCAGUUCGACAGAGCCCGCCACUCCUGUGGAAGCCGCCCCCGUCGUCGCCGUGUAGAUUUGUCCGAGCCCUCCCUGAUCCCCUCACACCCGUGCGCAUGCUGCCACGGAUGUAGUAUAUGUGCAGCUGACUUCGCGCUGCGCCUUCCGAGCUGCCCCCUGAUCGGGUGAAGUGGCCAAGCAUCCCAUCGGUAUUUAGUAAGCAGGGGAGAAGGCUCGACUGCUUCUCCCUUAUAUUUUGCCCCCUUUUGACUGUUGAUAGCGGAUAGUUUCGAUAGGAUAGCGCUUCUCGUAUUAUAACUGCUUUGAUGAAGAUAAGAAGGUCCCAGUGAACUAAUGAAAAA